GGCCACACUUUUUGUGUAUGACUCAGACAUAGUUUUUGUCCACUCGGUCCCAUCAUGCAAGUAGAUAAACACUGAAUCACCAAAUCUUGUUUGAGAUUUAGAAAAAAAGGAAGCUCCAAGAGAUGGCAAGAGUUGUUAAAAUCGAUUCUGCAGAGUCAUGGAAUUUCUAUGUGAGUCAAGCCAAGAAUCAGAAUUGUCCCAUUGUGGCUCAUUUCACUGCAUUAUGGUGUAUUCCUUCUGUGUUUAUGAACUCCUUCUUCGAAGAGCUUGCGUUUAACUAUAAGGAUGCUCUGUUUCUAAUAGUUGAUGUUGAUGAAGUUAAGGAAGUGGCAAGUCAACUAGAGGUAAAGGCGAUGCCAACUUUCUUGUUCUUGAAGGAUGGUAAUGCGAUGGACAAACUCGUGGGCGCAAACCCUGAUGAGAUUAAGAAACGGGUCGAUGGUUUCGUUCAGUCCUCACGUGUUGUUCAUAUUGCUUAAGAGAGAUUUAUAGAUACGAGCAGAAUACUAAAUAAAGUUUGUGUGAAGUGUAAUUAGUUUGUAACUUUGGUAUUUGGUUUGUGUGAAAUAUCAAGUGUAAGUGUAAAUUUUUAUAAAAGCAAGUUCUGUUAUAAACAAGAACUGGAUUUAUUUAAUUUUGGUUCUUAACAGGG